AUGAAAAAUCGUGACGGCCACGACGUGGUACUUCCGGACGGUGAUGGGAAUUAUCGAACAGCGCAUCGCCCUCGAUUUUUCACGUACAGGAAGGUGGCUUUUGUGUGGUUCGCCGACCGGGAGGAGUUUUUGCCGAUUUCCGAACUGGAUUCCAGGGUCCCGCUGGAGACAUUCUACCAGAUUCUGCACGCCGAGAAGGGGCUCAGCGAUGAGGAGGUCUCCCAGCGCCAGGCCGUCUACGGCAAAAACCUGAUCGAGGUGGUGCUCCGCUCCAUCCUCGUGCUCCUCUUCUGCGAGGCCAUCAGCCCGUUCUACAUUUUUCAAGUGUUCAGCGUGGGGAUCUGGUACUCGGACGAGUACCAAAUCUACGCGUCCAUCAUCGUGCUAAUGUCGUUGACGUCGAUCAGUCUUGAUGUGAUACAGACGCGGAAACAGGAGACAAAGCUUCGAUCGAUGGUGCACUCCAGCGGACCUGUGGAUGUCGUCCGAAAUGGUGGCCAAGUCACGCAGCUUGACAGCUCGCAGCUGGUCCCCGGCGAUACGAUUCUCGUGCCCCAACACGGCGGAAUGAUGCAUUGCGACGCGGUGUUGAUGACCGGAACCGUCAUCAUCAACGAGUCGAUGCUGACUGGGGAGAGCGUUCCCGUCACCAAGGUCGCGCUCACCACCAGCGACGAUCACCAGCCAGAGGAUACGGUGGCCAGAUUCGAUUUUUCUCGCCACUCGAAGCAUGUGUUGUACUGUGGAACGCAGGUGCUGCAAACUCGGUAUUAUGGUGGAAAGCCGGUCCGCGCCAUCGUUCUCCGCACCGCUUACUCCACUACGAAAGGGCAGCUGAUGAGAUCCGUGAUGUAUCCGAAACCGGUCGACUUUCAAUUUACCAAGGAUUUGUUCAAGUUUAUCGGCUUCCUGGUCUCGAUCGCCUGCGUGGGCUUUGCUUAUACUGUAGGAGUGAUGGUCUCCAGAGGGCAGGGUAUCUUCAAAAUCAUCGUCCGCGCCUCGGACCUGAUCACCAUUGUCGUCCCGCCAGCGCUUCCAGCGGCAAUCACCCUCGUCUACGCGAAUGCCCAGAUUCGGCUGAAGCGGAAGGAUAUUUUCUGCAUCUCCCCGUCGACGAUUCCGAUGUGCGGAUCGAUAAAUACGGUGUGCUUCGACAAAACGGGUACCCUCACCGAAGACGGUCUCGAUUUCCACACCAUGCGCGCCGUGAAGCCGGCGGUUACGAACGCCGCAUCUCAUUUUGGGGCUGAAACAUCGAAAAUGCUGCCAAGGGAGCUGCCGAGGGAUGGCGAAAUCAUAAAAGCUGUCGCCACCUGCCAUUCAUUAACCAGAAUUAACGGAGUUCUCCACGGCGAUCCCCUCGACCUGAUCCUCUUCAACCAAAGCCGAUGGACAAUUGAUGAAAACUGCGGCUCGGAAAGAAGCGACGACGAGAUCUCGCGCUUCGACACGGUCCAGCCCACCGUCGUCAAACCCCCGCCAGAGGACGUCCCGAUUUUCCGGAGCUCCGAUUUUGCCGUCAUUAGGCAGUUCACGUUCAGUUCCUCCCUGCAGCGCAUGUCGGUGAUCGUGAACAGCCCCGUGGAGGAGACGGGCAGGAAAAUGACGCUGUAUUCCAAGGGCUCCCCGGAGAUGAUCUUGUCUCUAUGUGAUAAAACGACCGUGCCCGACGACUACCUGGAAACGGUCAACAAAUACGCACAACACGGAUAUCGAUUGAUUGCGGUAGCCAAGCGAGACCUCGUGCUCAGUUUCGCGAAGGCCCAGAAAGUUCCUCGCCAUAGCGUGGAGACGGGCCUCGAGUUGUUGGGGCUGAUUGUCAUGGAAAAUCGACUAAAGCCCCAGUCACUUCCGGUCAUCAACGAGCUCAACAGGGCGAAUAUUCGUGCGGUGAUGGUGACGGGGGACAACUUGUUGACGGCACUCAGCGUCGGCAGGGAAUGCGGAAUUAUUCGGCCCAAUCGAACGGCCUAUCUCGUGGAACACCAGACCGGUCAGCUAGCCGCAGAUGGACGCACUCAGCUGACAUUACGACAGAGCGUCUCCUCCUCGGAAGACAUCCUCGACGAGCAGCUCAAUUCGGAUCCCCUGAGCCCGGAAUUGCAGGGAAAUUAUCAGCUUUGCAUUGCCGGCCCAACAUUCGCCGUCAUCUGCCACGAAUACCCGGAAUUAAUGGACAAUUUGAUGACGGUUUGUGACGUGUUCGCCCGAAUGUCUCCGGAUCAGAAACAAUUCCUCGUCAACCACCUCCAAACACUCGAUUAUAUCGUGGCAAUGUGCGGGGAUGGAGCCAAUGAUUGUGCGGCUUUAAAGGCAGCCCACGCGGGGAUUUCGCUUUCCGAUGCCGAGGCUUCGAUUGCGGCACCAUUUACAUCAAAGAUCCCCGACAUUCGCUGCGUGCCAAUCAUCAUCCGAGAGGGGCGGGCCGCUCUCGUCACCGCCUUUGCCAUUUUCAAAUACAUGGCCGGCUACUCGCUCACACAGUUCGUCACCAUCCUCCAAUUAUACUGGAUCGGCACAAAUCUGACAGACGGCCAAUUCCUGUUCAUCGACCUCUUCAUCAUCACCGUCAACGCGCUGUUUUUCGGAGCAGCGGAAGCUUACGACACCCUGUGCAGCAAGCCACCGCCUCGUCGCCUUUUAUCGCCAGCCUCGAUGGUGUCGGUGCUCGGCCAACUUACAAUCAUGCUAACAACCCAGCUGUUCAUCUUCGUCUGGACGAGCCAGCAGACGUGGUUCAUCCCCUUCGUCCCGUCCCCACCAGAUGAGGAGGAGGUCAAAAGGAGCCAGCAGGGUACGGCCCUAUUUGGCGUCUCGGUGUUCCAAUACCUAACCCUGGUGGCAAUGUAUUCGAAAGGCUCCGCCCACCGCAAGUCCAUCUUCACCAAUCGAUAUUUGUGCCUGACGCUGUUCGUGACGACUGCGGCGUCCUUCUACGUGGUGCUUUUCCCGGCCGAUUGGGUGGCCGCCCUGCUCGACUACGUGAAAAUACCCGAUAUGACGCGGGUUUUUGUCGUCCUCAUCGCGGCCUUCUCCUCGGUGUUGUCGUUCAUCUUCAACCAGCUCGUCGUCGAGCACCUCAUCGGAAAUAUGGGCGCCAGAUGGCUAAAGCAACGCCGAUUGAGAGAUCCGAAUGCCGAGACCGAUAAAUGGGAGCGGAUUAUGUGCAGAAUCGGUCACGAUGUCAGUUGGCUGCGGAAGAACGUCCGGCAGAUUGGCGCCGACCAGGCGUCAAUUAAAUCCGGGGCUACGGCACUCGAUUCGUCGGUUCAUCAAAAGCCUUCAGUUAGCUUCGCUGCUCCUGCUGCUCGUACCCGCAGGAACGUUGCACCAGUCAGCGACACACCCGGGAUUGCCGACGACGCAACAGCGCUACCCUCGCCCGUCAGCGUCGACGAUCAACAAUUGGAUAAGAUAGGAACAUCGUGCCUGACCCGUGGCGACCACGAGCAGCUGGCGGGCGGGAUUCUACGGCACGGCAUGGCGCGCGUCUUCAACGUCAAAUUGGCCAACGAAGCGCAGAAGGCGAUUGGGCUGGCAGAGCUGAGGGGCGUGGCCGGAUUUGCGCCCCCCAGACCAUGGGCAGCCUUUCGGGAGCCAGCUUUGAGCAACGAGAUCCCCGCAGCGACGCCCAUCGAGGAAUACUACGCGCUGAGGGAGCCACGCAGCGAGGCGCGCAGUUUGGAUAGCGCCGAUUUCUUUGAGUGGAACUUCCCGCCCGCCAUCGACUUCCUGGACGCACGAUUCCCCGCCAUUCGCCUCGCCUACCGGCACGCAUUUCAGGCAAUCUAUCGUCGUCGGACCGGCGCGAAUGGGCGAAUUGACCGGAACACCGUCGAGCGGAUGAUCGAUGGAUAUCGCGCCGUUUCCCCGCGUGUCGGCCAUGUAAUCACAACCUUGAUCUUAAACGAUGAUUGCUUG